UCAAGAUGGCGGAAACAGCAAAGAAAGGAAAAAAGAAAAAGGGGAAGACGUUGAACUUGGUGGAAUUCUUGACCGAUGGCCCAAACCAAGCAUCAACGGGUUCGCUGGGACCAGUUUUUGCUGCCAGAUCAACUUCAAGCUGGGCUGACGAGAGUGAAGAACUUAACACCGAUGUGGAUAAUAGAUGGCCAGAAGAAUCAUUUGGUGGUGUUAGCUCACAAAAACGUCAGAUUGACUUAUCAGCGCUGCCAACAGCACCAGUAGCAUCACUCACUGUUGAAGUGGAUUACAACAAGAUUCCUGAUAAACCACCUUAUACAGCAUUUCUUGGUAAUUUACCGUAUGACGUGGAGAAAAUGGAUAUUAUGACAUUUUUCAAGCAAAUUAAGAUAACUGAUGUAAGAUUACCACAAGAUUCUGGAGGUGGYAGACCAAAGGGCUUUGGAUAUGCAGAAUUUGCAGAUAAAGAAUCAUUGGUUCAAGCAUUGAAAAUGAAUAAUGAGACGUUAAGAGGAAGAAAACUAAGAAUAGAUAUAGCUGGACAAAAUCAAGAUGGAAGAGAUAGGAGUGAUAGGGAUGAUGCUCUUGAUAACCCGACUGGUAACUGGAGAGACAUGUGUGAAGAGCCUCCAUCAAGACCAAGUGGCCGAUAUGACAGCAAUAAUGACAGAUAUUCCAGGGAUGGGGACCGUUAUGACAGGAGAGAUGGYGACAGGGGUUAUUUUAAUGACUAUGAUGGUCACCGUGGUUACGAUGAUCCCAGGUCAAGGAAUCGCUAUGACAGUGAUCGCUAUGGAGAUCGUUACGACAGUCAUCGUCCAAGAGAUAGAAACAUGUAUGACCGGGGGCGCUUUGGUGAUCGAGAUAGAAGGGACUAUGGCCGGGAUGGGGAUAGAGGGUCCAUGGAAAAUGGUUAUGGWCGUAAUGACAGAGGAUACAGCGACCGUGGAGAUAGAGGCUAUGGGGGUUACAAUGAUCGUGGAAGUCGUGGUUAUGGUGGUGAUAGGGGGUAUGGYGAYCGUGGCAACAGAGGUUACAAUGAUCGUUAUGAUAGAGGUGAYCGYUAUGAYAGAGGUGAUCGUUAUGAYAGAGAUCGUUUUGAUAGAGGGGACCAUGGAGAAAGAGGUUUUGGCGAUGGCUGGGGAAGGGAUGGUGACAGAGGAUCUAGAGAUCGACGUGAUUAUGGAAGAGGGAAUUAUAAUGGAGACAUGAAUCGACAGCGUGAGCCUGAACCAGCAAGAGAAAGACCAAAACUACAAUUAAAACCCAGAAGUGUGCCCAUUGAAGAUASUCCWGCACCUGCAUCAAGGAGCUCAUCAAUAUUUGGUGGUGCAAAGCCAGUUGACACAACAGCAAAGGAAAGAGAAAUAGAAGAAAAACUAGAAAAACUGAAAGUUGAAACCGAAACAAAGAAAGAAGAUUCCUCAGGAGAGAGAGGUUUCAGGUCAUCGAGAGAAAGAGCCCACUCGGGAGAUGGAGAAUUCAGAAAUCGAAGGGAUAGCAAUCGUUCAAGCGACGGUGAUAAACCAGGCAGUCGUGGAGGAAGAAGGGAUAGCGAAAAGUCCGUUGAAAAAGAAACUGUCACAAACAAAGAUAAAGAAGAUGCAACUCCAAAAGAGGCUCCUCAACCCACAGUGAAUGUCUGGAAACAAAGAAUGGAAUCCCAAAAAAACACACCAUCAGAAGACAAACAAACAUCASAAGAAACACAAARCAAGCAAAGCAUUGAGAAACCACCAGUUAAAAACUCAACAGAAACCAAAACAGUAUCUUCAAGUGGUGCACCRUCAGGUAGAGGAUCUGCUUCAAGACCAUUUAGUAGAGGUGGAGAACGRGGUGCAAGCAGAGGGCGAGGAAGGGGCCGAGGUAGAGGAGAUUAUUCCASUAGACAAGUGGAAUCCUCCAGUACAAAUGACAAUAGGAAUAAAGAAGAAAAAAAAGAACGCAGAGAACGAAAACCAGCAGAGCCAAAAAUAGUAGAUGAACAACCACCGGUAUUUCACAAGCAAAGUAAAUUCUCACUUCUAAUGGAUGAAGGAGGGGAUGACGAUGAAGAAGAAGACAAUACUGAACAGUCUUAAGUUCUCAUCACUUGUAAAUGAAUUUCACAUAAACAAAAUAUGAAACAUUUACACAGUUGACAUGAAUUGAACAUUACCGACCCAGUUACUCAUGUCGCACAGUGUUUAAUCACUAGUAAUAAUGUGUCUUUAAGGUAAUUUAACACCUUGKUUAACAUAAGCUCUUUCUUUUUUAACUGCUGUUGAAAUGGUAUACUCUUUGUUCAAACAAUGUGUUCAAUGUAUGAGAAUAUACACCAAGAGCAUUGCAAUUUUGUGUUCAGGGAAAAUAACUGAACAUUUGGAAUAUUUUGUCUGUUUUAUGUCUGUGCAACAUAAGGAUUUGAAAUUGCUACAAUUUUACUAAGGAUUCCCAUUUUAGUUUCGCAGCGCUUUGUCAGUCGUUAUUAAUCUCAUUAAUGUCAUAUUUUAUUUUCUAAUGUAAUGUGCUGUAAUUACAGUCGAAUAAAACCAGAAAUCAUUAGCAAGUCSAUGGUCAUGUCCACACAACUCUAAAUAAAUUKGAAAACGAAGCCUUAUUUAUUUGACGAACUGUGGAUACAGCCUGUUUGAUAUAUAAGUCGAUUCAAUAUCUAAUAAAAGCAAAUCACAUUGA